AUGGCGCUGUUCAGAAGGUUCUUCUACCGGAAGCCGCCGGAUCGGCUUCUGGAGAUUUCCGAGAGAGUUUAUGUUUUUGAUUGUUGCUUCUCCCCGGAUGUCUUGGAAGAAGAUGAAUAUAGAGUUUAUAUGGGAGGCAUUGUGGCUCAGCUACAGGAUCACUUUCCAGAUGCUUCUUUCAUGGUAUUCAAUUUCAGAGAAGGGGAGAGACGCAGCCAUAUCUCAGACAUACUUUCUCAGUAUGACAUGACAGUUAUGGAGUACCCUCGGCAAUAUGAGGGUUGUCCUGUUCUGCCUUUAGAGAUGAUCCAUCACUUCCUUCGAUCAAGUGAAAGCUGGUUGUCUCUGGAGGGGCAACAAAAUGUGCUUUUGAUGCAUUGUGAAAGGGGAGGUUGGCCCGUGCUGGCAUUUAUGCUAGCAGGUCUUCUGUUAUACCGGAAACAAUACAAUGGGGAGCAGAAGACUCUUGAAAUGGUCUACAAGCAAGCUCCAAGAGAACUACUACACCUAUUGUCUCCUUUGAAUCCGCAGCCUUCUCAUUUAAGAUAUCUUCAAUAUAUUUCCAGGAGAAAUAUGGGUUCUGAGUGGCCACCAUCAGAAACACCCUUGUAUUUGGAUUGUGUGAUUCUUAGAGUCCUUCCAGUAUUUGACGAUGGAAAAGGUUGCAGGCCUGUUGUACGUGUUUAUGGUCAGGACCCUUCAGUUACUGCCAGUAGAAGUUCGAAGCUUCUCUUUUCGACUUCACAGUCCAAAAAGCAUGUUCGCCAUUACCUACAGGCAGAGUGUAUGCUCGUGAAAAUUGACAUCCGAUGUCGUAUUCAAGGGGAUGUGGUUCUUGAGUGCAUACAUUUAAGUGAAGAUUUUGUUAGUGAGGAAUUGAUGUUUAGAGUUAUGUUUCAUACUGCAUUUGUGCGGUCAAAUAUUUUGAUGCUGAACCGUGAUGAAAUUGAUAUUUUGUGGGAGGCAAAGGACCUGUUUCCCAAGGACUUCAAAGCAGAGGUGCUUUUUUUGGACGCUGAUGCUGUUAUACCUGAUCUAACCACAGUCACGGUGAGUGAAGAUGUAAAUGAGACUGAUAGUGCUGAGACAGAAAGUGCUUCACCUGAGGAGUUCUACGAAGUAGAAGAGAUCUUCAGCAAUGUAAUGGAUGCACAGGAAGGUAAGACAGAGUACUAUUCUCACACAUUCCAUGAAAAUGCAGUGGAUGAUGAAACUCAUAAAGUGGUCUUGAGGCAAGAGCCCGAUCCUCAUACCUUUGAGGAUUGUUCGCCAGAUGACAGGAUUCCCAAGCAUGUUCACAAGAUGGAUUCUGGUAUGAAUGCUGUGAAAGACAUCUCUAUUGAUGAUGUGCACUAUAAAUUUGAUGGGAGCAUAGCUUCAGAUCCUCAUGCAGUGAAGGACAUUGGUGUGGAUGAUGGAGAAAUUAAGUCAACUUCCACUGCAGUUAUUUCUGAUAUGAUGAAACAUCCUCUGGAAACAAAGGAAGUUACCAUGGAUGUGCAACAAGAAUUUGCAGUAAUUGAAAAUGAAUAUGACGAAGUUAAGGAGGCAACAGAAAAGGAAUUAGACUCCAAGGCUGGUCACCAGAUGCCUGAUUUGACUGAACAAAAAUCUGGUAAACUAUUUCCAUCUACUGCCAAGAAACAACCUCCAUCCAACUUGAAGUCAGUUGGAGAUACAGGUGCAGCAAAGCAAAAGGUUAAACAGCAAGAAACCCAUGGUUUUCAGGCAAAACAAGCAAAGCCUAAUGCAGUAACUAGAUGGAUUCCUUCUAACAAGGGUUCUUAUACAAAUUCAAUGCAUGUCUAUUAUCCACCAUCAAGGAAUAAUAGUGCACCAGCUGCACUAACAAAUUUGUCUUCUACAAAGGAGAAAAUGGAAGAUGCCAAAACAAGAUCUUUAUCUGCUCCUGUUGUUACUGCAGUUGUUGCUUCUAUUGACAGGCCAAAUGACCCAAAAAGCAGGAAGGUGGCCACUUCAAAAUCUUCUGGCUAUAUAGCAGCAGAAAUAGAUGAAAAAGGUCCACCAUCACCAUUGUCUUCAAUUAAAGAGACAUUGUUGCAGUCAGAUACGUCUUUACAACAACAGAGCUCAGAGCAACUGCUACAGCCUCCUCCACCACCUCCCUCUCCUCCUCCUCCUCCCCCUCCCCCUCCCCCUCCCGCUCCAACUCACAGUCACAGUAGAAUCUCUUCACAUGUUUUGGAAUCCUCAUCGUUAAAGGAUGAUGUAUCAGCUCAACACUAUCCAUCUUCUUUGGGUGGAAAGGGGUCCAUCAUGGUGCCACCACCACCACCACCACCACCGCCACCUUCAACUUUAACAACAUUUAUGAGACAACCUGCAACUUCUCUUCCUUCCCCUCCACCUCCACCCCCACCCCCACCCCCAUUUUUUGGGCAAAAUAUAGGGAGCUCAAUACCUUCUUCAUGCCCUUGGAAAUCUGUGGCUUCAUCAAUAGUUGGAGAGACUAGUGUAUCUUUAACCCUUCCUACAGCCCCUCUUCCAGCUGCAAGCAGUGACAUCACAUUGGAUGUUUCUCUAGUUGGUGCUACAGUGGUCCCUUCACAGCCUCCUCCGCCACCACCACCACCACCUACAAGGAAUGAAGUUUUAUCCAUUCCUCCACUAACACCAUUAGCAUCAUCUCUUCCAAAGCAUGGACUUCCAUCAAUUCCCCCUCCUCCCAUGUUUCCUACAGUUUCAACAAAUAGGGCUCCACCCCCUCCUCCCCCACCAGCACCCCCAUUUGCAUCACAUACAGCUUCAUCUGCACCAGCAACCCCACCUCUAACUUCAUCUCUGGCUCCACCUCCACCUCCCCCUCCCCCUCCUCCUCCACCUCCACCUCCCCCUCCUCCUCCACCACCCUUAGCUAAUUCACAUAUAUAUUCAGCUACACCACCUAUACCUCCACCACCACCUCCCCCUCCUUUUGGUAAAGCUUCACUACCUCCCUCUCCACCUCCUUUCAGUAGAGCUCCUCCACCACCACCACCACCACCACCACCACCACCUCCUCCUCCUUUUAGUCAAGCUCCAGCACCACCGCCUCCUUCAUUGCAUAGAACUCCACCCCCUCCUCUUGUUCCUCUAUCAAGUGGGACCCAACCUCCACCUCCAAUGUAUAGAACUGCACCUCCCCCCACCACCUCUUCCUCCAUCAAGUGGAGCCCCACCUCCCCCACCCCCACCCCCACCCCCACUUCCUACAUCAAGUAG